CCCCCAGGCCUGGAGUGGGAGCGCCGGGUGCAGGAGUUUGAGGAGCAGGAUGAGGGGGAGGAGCCGGGGCUGUGGACGCGCUUCAGGGGGCUGCUGCUGCGGCUCAGCCUGCAGCUCUACCACCGGCUGCAGAGGCAGAGGGACGCCCUGACCACCGUGGCCCAGGGCCUGAAGGAUAGGGCCGCCCGGGUGGGUCUGGGCCGGGUGGUGGACAUGAUGGGCUUGCAGCUCCGUCAGCUGCAGCUGUUCCUGUCGGCGCUGGCGCUGCAGACGGGGGCCCUGCGGGGCCUGGCCCUGACCCAGGUCCGGGCCCAGGCCGGCCUGCUGGCCGAGCUGGACCUGGUGGGCCAGCUCCGGGGUCUGCCCCACAGGGCCACCGAGGUCCUGGUGGACCUGCAGGAGCUCACCAUGGUCCUGCUGCAGUUCCUCAUCAACUCCAGCCCCCUGUACGCCAUGCUGCAGCAGCCUAGCGACCAGGACGUGGAGGACUUCCUGAACCAGGAGCGCUUCACCACCCAGAUCGCCCCGCGCCGCGACUCCACCAGCAGCCUGUUCCUCAAGGCCAUGGACGGCCGGCCACGCCGCCGCAAGAGCCUGUACUCCCGGGCGCGGCUGGGCUCCGGCAGCGCCGCCAACCCCCAGGGGGCCGGCGCGGCCACGCCCGGCAUGCCCAACGGCGGGGGCCCGGACCCCGGGAAGUGCCCCCCCGUCACCCCUCAGCGCAGGCCCUCUGCCACCGAGCUGCUGCUCAGCCCCAUCCUACAGUUCGUGUCCCAGGGCCAGAAGGCCUUCGACUACCUGAGCCCCACCGGCCCGGCGGACCAGGGCGGGGCCGGGGCCCUGGUCCCCGAGGCCGAGGGGGCCGGGGUGGCGGAGGAGAAGGAGGUGGCUGAGGAGGAGCGCCCUCCGGUUACCGCCCAGCGGAGACCGUCCGCCAUCGAGGUGCUGCUCAGCCCCAUCCUACAGUACCUGAGCCCCGCCCUGCCCGCGGAGCAGGACAAGGAGGAGGACGAGGACGAGGAGGAGGAGGAGGAGGAGGAGGGGGCCAGGCUGGCCGAGGAGGAGGAGGUGGAGGAGGAGCUGAAGGAGGAGGUGGAGGAGCUGAAGGAGGAGGUGCAGGAGGAGGAUGAGGAGGCUGAGGAGGAUCGCCCUCCCGUUACCGCCCAGCGAAGGCCGUCCGCCAUCGAUGUGCUGCUCAGCCCCCUCCUACAGUACCUGAGCCCCGCCCUGCCUGCGGAGCAGGACAAGGAGGAGGAGGAGGAGGAGGACGAAGACUGAGGAGGCCGGAGACUGAGGGGCCCACUGCGGUGGGGCCCCCCACCUCCACAGCAGGAUGUGCAAGUGCUGGGAGGGGAGGAAGAGGAGGAGGAAGAGGAGGAGGGAGAGGAGGGGGUGCCUUUGUCAACAGGCAUAUGGGUCGAUUAGCUUAGAGCCUCAACCAGUCGUUGGGGCUCAGUGUCGUGUUGUCCGUGGUGACGGGGUAGGAACACAACACUGUGAUCCUCAACACGCAUCCAGAGCUCCACCUUUGAACCACCUUAAACUCCUGAAUACAACUAUUUACUAUAGGGAUGUUUUCAGUAAAUACAGAUAUUAUACGUUCAGUUCAUCAGGUCAUGUGAUGUUUCUAGCAGAAGCAGCCAGAGGAUGUGUUAGUAAGGGGAUACGAAUGGAGGCUUAUUGACGGCAGUCGCUCACUGAUGUCAACUGUGGCUUCAGAGUGUAUGUAUUUAAAAAUAAAAUUGCAAUAUUAACCGUUUCCAUGUUCUACUGCCUUUAAUUUAAUAAUGAACCACAGAAUAAAUGUUCUACUCACAGAAAGCA